GUGGCUCAAAACUUCCUCUCACCUUCGAGAAAUCGUUGUCGGUGUCGAUUUAUUGUAAGAAUUUUCAACGGUUUUUUAGCGUUCUUUUUCUUUAGCGACGCUAAAAGCCGCCAAAAAAAUUUGUAAAACGUAAAAAAAGGCUCAAAAAAAGUUUAAAAGCGGAGAAAAUCUUCAAAAAAAAUUACAAAAUCCUCAAAAAAUUUCCAAAUUUAAAGAAACCAGUUAAGGAACCGUCAUCACAAGUCGAAGUGAACCCAAAGAAGUUUGAAAAUGAAUCCUGCUCCUGGCGCACCAAACUAUCCCAUAGCGUCUCUGUACGUUGGUGAUUUGGCAGCUGAUGUCACCGAAGCGAUGCUGUUUGAGAAAUUCAGCACAGUCGGUGCUGUUUUGUCCAUCAGAGUUUGCCGUGAUAUUGUAACUCGCCGCUCGCUGGGUUAUGCUUACGUGAACUUUCAGCAACCGGCUGCUGCGGAAAGAGCCUUGGAUACGAUGAAUUUCGAUCCUAUCAAAGGACGGCCAUGUCGAAUCAUGUGGUCUCAGAGAGAUCCUUCCCUUCGCAAAUCUGGUGUUGGGAACAUCUUCAUCAAGAAUUUAGACAAAAGUAUUGACAACAAGGCCCUGUACGACACCUUCAGUGCCUUCGGUAACAUCCUAUCUUGUAAAAUUGCUCAAGACGAAGAGGGGAAUUCGAAGGGAUACGGUUUUGUCCAUUUUGACACCGAAGAGGCAGCCGAAAACGCCAUUCGAAAGGUGAACGGCAUGUUGCUGAACGACAAAAAAGUAUUUGCUACUAAGUGGAUGUCUCGAAGAGAGCGUCUAGAACAGCUUGGAAACCAACCGAAGAAGUUCACCAAUGUGUAUGUGAAGAAUUUUGGUGAGGAGAUGACUGAGGCAGAUUUCAAAGAGCUCGUUGAUUCCUUUGGUAAAGUUCUGAGUCUGAAGGUGGUGACGUCUGAUCAGGGACGUUCAAAGGGAUUUGGAUUUGUUUCAUUUGAGACACCAGAGGAAGCUCAGCAGGCUGUGGAAGAACUCUCUGGAAAGGAUUGGAAUGGACAAAAGCUUUAUGCUGCUCGAGCACAGAAAAGGGCAGAGAGGCAGAUGGAUCUGAAGUCUCAGUUUGAAAAGAGGAAGAUCGAGCGCAUCAAUCGUUACCAGGGUGUCAACCUGUAUGUGAAGAACUUGGAUGAUACCAUUGAUGAUGCACGCCUUCGUGAGGAAUUCAGUGCUUAUGGAACUAUUACCAGUGCCAAGGUUAUGAUGGAUGACAAGAACAACUCUAAAGGUUUUGGUUUUGUGUGUUUCUCAUCACCAGAGGAGGCCACUAAAGCUGUUACUGAGAUGAAUGGCCGGAUUUUAGUGUCCAAGCCAUUGUAUGUAGCUCUGGCCCAGCGGAAGGAAGAGCGUAAGGCCCAGCUUGCUGCUCAACACAUGCAGCGCAUUGCUGGAUUGAGAAUGCAACAGGCGGCUGGUCAACAAGUUGGUCAAGUGUUCCCUCAAGCAGGUGCCUUCUACAUGCAGCCUUUGGCACAGGCUGGACAGCGCCCAUUCUUCACACCCCAAAUGCCGCAAGUCCGUCCUCGUUGGCAGCCCAUGCACUCUCAGCAGCAGGUGCGACCCCCAGGAAUGCAGGGAAUACCAGGUGCCGGACAGGUUCCACGUGCAAGAGGCAUCCGUCAGGUUCCACCUCGGGGUGUGCCAGGACAGCAGCAGCCAGGAGGUGCAGGGGGUCCUAGCCAGAGAGUGGGUGGUAUGGGCCAAGCACAAGUUCGUGGUCCUGGAGCCAUGCAGGGACAAGGUCAGAGACCAGCCUACAAGUUUCAGCAGAAUGUACGUAACCAGCCUGCACAAGGACAUCCUGGAGCAGUGCCCAUGCAGCCUCAAGAGCAGGUGCAGCAGACCAUUCAAAUACCUGGACAGGAUCCCCUUAACCCCAGUGUCCUUGCAGCAGCCCCACUACAAGAACAGAAACAGAUGUUAGGUGAACGCUUGUUCCCCAUGAUCCAAGCCAUGCACCCUGACCAGGCCGGUAAGAUCACUGGAAUGCUGCUGGAGAUUGACAAUACCGAGCUGUUGCACAUGUUGGAGUCUCGGGAGGCCCUGGCAGCCAAAACUCAGGAGGCAGUGUCUGUGCUGCGCGCCCACAGUGCCAAGGAAAAGAGUGCAGAGAUGAAGAACUGAAGUGUGCCCGUGUAACUAAGAUUCACUUCUACCGGACAGGACUUUGAACACAACCCUUUAUGUUAAUUUUACCAUGGAUUUGACGAGUUAUUUCAGAGUGAUCCAAUAAAGUUAUUUUGAUCAUUCUGGUGAAAAA